UAGUUGCAUAGUUCUCAAGGUCGUCACUGUGUAGUACUUUCUUGUUCGUAUAUUGAGCGUCGAGCUUAACAUGAUUGAAGUUCAAAUCACCUAAAACUACUGUUUAUAUUGAACUUAACUUGGGAACGUCCCACUAAGAUGUUUGUGUAAUGGGAACUUCUAAAGUAUGUCUAACGAAUUGCCUCAAUGCCUCUGCUUCCGAAAAAGUUCUUUUUGUCAUAAGCUUAUGUACCAUUCUUCUGGGUUUUGUUCUUAUUUUUACAGGGGUUUGUGUUACUCAACUUAAUGGGGGACUAAGUGCUCAUCUGUCCAUUUCUUAUUCAGCUAUUCCUGUUGUGUUUGCUGGCUUCAUUGCACUAUUAAUAGCCAUUUUUCGAAUAGUUUCUACAAGAAGAAUUUUGAGGGAAAUGGAUUUGACUGUUUGCGACUUUAGAAAACAAUGGAAUGAAAAAGAAUCAGGUUUGGAGCCGAUUUCGAAUAAUCUUCAAGGAAAUGCAUAUAAUUCAUUUUCUGUUGUAAAUAAUUCGCUUAGCAACUUGAACUCCAACUCGUUUUCAAAUAAUAAGGUAGAGCAUCUCCCAGUACCAAUAACAAACUGUCAUCAAAGGUUACCAAUGCCUCCUAGACGAGCUGUUUUGUAUUAAGCUCGAGCAUUUUCUAUGUCGGAGUCCUUCUUUUUAGAAUUUUUCAUUAUUUUUAUUGCCAUUCUCCUUUCUGGAACUUCUCUGGAUGUUCCACAACAUAUAUAUAUAUAUAUAUAUUUGUUCCUAACUUUCCAUUUUUACAUUAUCAUUAAUUCGCUGGUGAUAACUUGAUAGAAUAAAGUAGAUUAAUUUCAUACA